AUUAUAAAAGCAAAAACAUAUCGGAACAAGAGUUUUAUCUCUAAAGAGAAUGGUUCUGGGUAACUUUAUAAUUUUGGAAAUAAUAAGGGGAGUUGACGAUUGUAUAUAAUAGCUCGGAGGAGAAGUCUAUAAUUUUUGCUUUUCACGGCGCGACGGAGGACGGCGGAGAUGAGGCCAAGGCUUGUCGCCGGCGAGUUCUUCACGGGUCGGAUUCGGUAAAAUUUGGAGCUCAAUCAACUCAAGAUUAGAGAAUGGAGUCAGAGGUCAGUCAUGCUAGCUGAUUUGGUGUUAAGAUGAUAUAGUUUAGUAUUGUGAAGAGUUUCUGGAAUUUGUGAUUCAUUUCAGACCGGGAAUGACUUGCGAGAAAAGGCUGCUGAAGAGGUUAUGCUGUUUUGACUAUAUAUUUACUUCCUUUGUCUUAUUACUGUAAAUUGUUGUUUUAUAUAGGGUCUUUCUAUAAUUUUGGAAACAGGUAAAAGGAGGGGAGUUGACCUCAACAUAUUAUAAUCUUGGGCUCAGCGGUGGUGUUUACAAUCUUCACCCUUUCCUACCUUGAUAUCUCCACGUUAAAAACAUUAUCAGAUCAGCGCUGUUACAUAUGAUAACACUUUUCUGUUGCAUAACAACGAGUUUAAUAAUACGAUACAGUAAAAUGUUACGUAACAUUCAAAACAAAUAUUAUAUUAAAGUAAUUAACAAUAUAUGCGAUACAGUACAAUAGGCUGAUGUUAAGAUAUUGUAUUAAAUAUUGGCUGAUAGCCUUGCCCCGGGGGAACCUUUUUAUUGUCUUUUGAAACAGAAAAGGGGAGUUGACCUUAAUAUUUACAUUGUUGGAGGAGGUAUCUAUAAUUUUCAGCUUAAUAUAUUACUACAAUUUUCCGACAACUCUCUCUCAAUCUCUUUCAUUUGUCACAACUCUGUAGUCGUCUCUCUCUCUCUCAUCUUAAUAUAUACUGUAAUGAAUAGCAAGGUUACUCAGUCACAGAAGGCCGAUAUGGAGGCUAUUCUUGGGCCUGACUCAGAGCCAUUUGAAACAUUUAUUUCUGAUCACAUAGACAGCUCCGGGGAAAAUGAUUCGGAGGCUAAGUCCAUAUUUAACAUGAUGAGGCAGAAGGAUCCAGAAUCCCUUGCACUUAAGCUUGUUGACUAUCUUGGCCCUUCCCACGACUUUUAUACCCGUCAAGAAUGUGCUCUCCUCUUAAAGAAUUUGCUUAAAGAUGAUGACUUAUGCACUUGGCACAAACUAAGUGUCUCCACUCAAUCAAGCAUCAAGUGUAUGAUCCUUGAUCGCAUGAACCAAGAAGAAUCAGAAUCUAUCAUCGGAGAGCUUCGUUACACUGUUUAUACGCUGGCUGCUUCAUCUCUUCCAGAUAACAACUGGCCUGAGUUAUUGCGCUUCUUGUACCAAUGCGUCACUAAUUCUAGUUCAAACAACUUUUUAAAAAAGUCGGUUUUCUUAAUAUUUGCGCAACUAGCUGAGCAUAGAGGCGAAACAAUUGUCCCUUGGGCUAAAGAUCUGCACUUAGUAUUCCUAAAUACACUGAAUGAUGAUGCCCUUGAUCUCAAUGUGAGGAUUGCAGCCACAAAAGCAGUGAUCAACCUCAUUCAAUGCGUAUCGAGUUCAAAUGAAAAGGAGCGAUUUCAAGAUCUAUUGCCAGGUGUGCUGAGGACAUUGGCUGACACAUUGAGCAACGGUGGGGACGAGGAUGCAGCAUGCUACGUGCUGGCAUUUUUAAAAGACUUGGCGAAGAAUGAGCCUAGGUUCUUGAGGCGACAACUAGUGGUUGUUGUGGGUUCAAUAUUGGAUAUAGCAGAGGAUGAGAAAUUGCAAGAGGGGACGAGGCAUGGGGCUGUUGAAUUUUUGGUAACUUUGGUUGAGGCAAGCUGGGAGAAGACACCUGGUAUGAUGAAGAGGUUGCUCUCGUUUAUUAGCAGAUGUUUAACGGUGUUAGUGAAUUUAUUAGCCGAUAUGAAGGAUGAACCUGAUUGGCAUAGUGCCGAGACCAAGUAUGAUAGUACAGGGGCUACAAGUAACCACGGCUUUAGUGUGCACUUCUUAAAACGGUUUUCUCGUGCCUUAGGAGGUAAGUCUUUUGUUCAUAUUGCUAAAGAGCAGCUGUCUGCUUACUGGGAUGCCCCAGAGUGGGAGAAGCGCCAUGCAGCUCCCUUUGCACUUGCUCAGAUUGCUAAAGGUUGCUCAAAGCAGGUGUUGAUCAAGGAUAUGGAGCAACUGGUGAAAAAGGUUUUAAAUUGUCUCCGAGAUCCUCAUCCUCGAGUCAGAUGGGCUGCUUGCUGCGCAAUUGACAUGUUAUCGACGGUCUACCAUUCAGAUUUUCAAGAACAAUACCAUAACCAAGUAGUUCCUGCAUUAGCUGCAACUAUGGACCAUGUUCAUCCACGAGUGCAGGCAUCUGCUGCUGGAGCUCUCUCCUUCUUCUGUGUGUGCAACAAGCCAGAAAUUUUGAUACCUUAUCUAGAUGGAAUAGUUAACAAACUGCUUGUACUUGUACAGAAUGGCAAACAAAUGGUCCAACAAGAAGCAUUAUAUGCAUUGUCUCGUAUAACUGAAUCAGUUAAGGAGCACUUCCGUACCUAUUAUGACACUGUUAUGCCAUACUUGAAAACUCUCUUGAGAAACACAGAUCUUACAUCCGAUCUCAUUCUUCGUGCCAGAGCAAUAGAGUGCAUAAGCUGUGUUGGGUCUGCUGUUGGCAGGGAGAUAUUUAGAGAAGACGCAGAGCAGGUUAUGGAGGUGCUUAUGAUAUCAUUACAAGGAUUACAAGUGAAGGGGGAUGAGCCGCCUACUGCGUACUUGCUUAGGGCAUGUGCUGCAAUUUGCGAUUGCCUAGGACAUGAUUUUCUUCCUUAUAUCCGUAAAGUCAUGCCCUUUAUUAUUCAAUGUGCUCAACUUGAACCUGCUAUAACCAUCUCUGUGAAGUGGAACCAAGUUGCAUCGUGUUUUAUGCUAUGCUGCUUCGCUGAGACAUUAAAGGAAGACUUCUACCCAUGGGUAUCCCAGGUUGUUUCAGUCUUUAUUCCACUUCUGAAAUUCUAUACCCACAAUGGUCUCAGGAAAUGUGCUGUUAAUUCCAUGUAUAUUUUGUUGCGUACUGCUAAACUGGCUGUUGAGAAAGGGAUUGCACAAGGUGCAAGUGAGACAUAUUUCACAAAGUUGUCAGACCAUAUAAUGCAGUCCUUGCUAGAAGCUUUGCAUGAGGAGCCUAUGACAGAUAUAUCUGCAGUCAUGUUGAGUACAUUGAACAAUUGCCUGCAGAUCAGUCCACUUCUCAAUGAAGGUGAGCUUCGUAGAAUAGUGACUGAGGUAAGGCAUGUCAUUACAGAAAGUUCAAACAGAAAACGAAAACUCAAAGAGAGAGCAAAAUCAGAAGACUUUGAUGCUGAGGAAGAUGAAUUGCUGAGAAGGGAAAAAUGGCAAGAAGAUCAUAUUUUGUGGCAGCUUUGUCGAAUAUUAAAAACAUUGAUCAAAAUGGUGAAGGCAGCAUUCUUGCCUUUCUUUGACAAGCUGGCAUCAAAUCUGAUUCCUAUGUGGGGCAAAGAUAAAACAGCUCAAGAGAGAUGUACACCAACUGUUAUCUUUGCUAGCCUAGUGAGGGAGUGCCCUGAAGCGGCUCUAAAGUACUGUGAUAUAUUUCUACCUUUGUUUUUGGAUGCAAGCAAUGACGAAAACCCAAGAGUUAGACAGAAUGCUCUUUAUGGACUUGGGCUUUAUGUGGAAUAUGGUAGUUCUGUUUUCAAACCUGUUGUUACAGAGGCUAUUUCAAGAAUCAAUGUAGUGAUAAUGCAUUUAUGUGCUCGUGAACCUGAGAAUGAAUGCGCAUAUGAUAAUGCUGUUUCUGCACUGGGUAAGAUAUGUCAGUUCCAUCGGGAAAGUAUCAACUCGGCGCAGAUUGUUCCGGUUUGGUUGAAUUGCCUGCCUAUAAAGGGUGACCUGGCUGAAGCCAAAUAUGUUCAUGGCGAACUAUGUUCGAUGGUUGAAAGGUCAGAUAGAGAAGUUAUUGGUCCCAGCUAUCGGUACAUUCCAAAAAUUAUUUCGGUUUUUGCAGAGGUUCUAUGCUCUGAAAAAGAUCUCGCUACAGAAGAAACCAAAAAUCGCAUCAUUAAUAUAUUAAGGCAGCUUCAGCAAACUCUACCAUCAGCCACCUUUGAAUCAGCAUUGGCAUAUCUUUUGCCUAGGCAGGAGAUGGAAUUGAAAUUCAUUCUAUCACCUGUAGAGGAUGCUGACUUUUAAUCAGUACAGUGAAACUACUAGUCCGAGGAUCAAACAUCUGAUGCUCAAUUUUCAUGUAAAAAUCAAUUAUUUGGAGUGAAGUUCUGUAUUUGCCUACUUAACGGGGAACACUUGGAAACAUGAACGCUAAAGGUGGAAACUUGUGUCUAUCUGUGUGUUUGUGUGUAUAACAAAGCAAGUCCUUUCCUCAAUAAGGAAAUAGGUGUAGGUUAUAGCUUGUGAGAGUCUGUUACUUGGAUAGCUUUGGUUGUACCCUUUUACGAUUACAUCCCAUGUUUUCGUACGUGAAAUUAUGCCAUAAGUAAAUUAAUGAAAGCUCGGAAAUGAGAUGUUA